UUAUAGACUCAUGUAUUGGAGCUUCGAUCGCCAACGGACGAUUCAUCGACUUCGCCAGAGAUGGCUUCUACUAUGGAAGGCUUUGUCUUUCGAUGGACGGAUGAUCAAGGUCGCACGUUGAAACAUCGUCAACACGUCUAUGUUCUUAUGGAAGCUCACUACAUGUUCCUGAUUGACGCUUCGAAAGCCAUUCUCCCCUCUGAACAAAUCCCUAGUGUCUCCAAUAAAUCAUUCAAUUGGCUCACGUCAGCAUCGACCCUUUUACGCAUCGACCGCCACUGGCGACGCAAAGCAUUUGCCUCCACGCCAGCCUUUGAAGAUCAAAAGUCACUGAGUAAGGAAGAAUUGGAAAAGGAUGUACAACGCAGAAUGAAGCAGAUAGCAUUGGCGUACGGCGUGAUAGAUCUCAGCGUCAUGAAGGAUGUACGGUUCGGAACGGACAGUGAUCUAGACGCCCAGGGAAACAAGUGUUUUCAGAUUGAUGUCGAGAAGCGCCUGCUUCAAUUUGAAGCUCCCUCGGCGCAGGCCAUGUUUUCAUGGGUGAUGAAGAUCCGACGCAUGCAUCAACACAGCAAACGAAUGCAACGACAAACUUUUAUGAUGACCAAUUAUCUGUCCGAGACGGAUCAGAAAAAAAGUAUUUUGUAUUCUGGGAUGCUGUAUAUAAAGCGUCAUCAUUACGGCACCUUCAAACAAUGGCUGUGCAUAUUGACACGGGAUAAACAAUUACUGUUGUUUCGAAGACAUCAACGACGGAGAUGGACCCAAGAAGCGAUCUAUUUGGGUGCGUACAGCAAGCAACAGAGGUUACUGCUCGCUGAUGCAUACACAUUCCAUGCGGCCGAAGAAGAACACACCAAUGACAUUGAAUGUCCGCCCCGCGUAUUCCACGAUUUAUCGACGGGAAGGGAAACCAAUGACAGUUGCGUGUUUGUGAUUUGGCAAGGUGCCAAGCGUCGAUAUGUGGUUCAAUGGCGAGAAUAUCUGAAUCUGCUAAAACUCGGCCAUCAUCUCGGCCGACGAGGCCACAUCUGGAUUUGUCUAGCCCGCACUCGUGAAGAACGAAAUGCAUGGAUUUGGGCAAUCCAUUGCUCCCAAGACAUACGUUAAUCUCUCUCUCUCCCUGUCUCUCUGUUCUUUUUUUCUCUACACCACCAUCCUUUCAUUUGUAUACCUUGCUAUUUACCGUAUGCUCUUUUUUUUUUCCAUCUUUGCCCUCAAUCAACCAAUCAAUCA